UAACUUAAUCAAAUUACAACAUUUAACAUUAUAUAUUCUAGUGUCUAGCAUCAGAUCCCUUUGUUUAUUAAACUGAAAUUUAUUUUCAGUUGAAUUACUAAAAGUCAUAGUUACUAAACUAAACUUCUAAUUGAGUUUUGAUACAUAGAAUAUUCACGAUUUCAAUAUUAAAUUUGAGUGUUUAAGCUCAAACCUUGAACACUUUGUGUUGAAAGUUUGUGUCAUUUAUCUGCCUCGUUUUUAGGUUACUGUGUGUACUUCAUUUAGUGCGACAUCACACACACACACACACACACACACACAUACACACACUUCCUCUGUGUGUCAGAAGCGCCCAAAAAAGAGAGAAAAGGAAGAGAGAAAAUCUUACAGUGAAGUAGUGUAUUUAGAGCCGUAAAUUAGACGUCUGAUCAAGAUGAAGUGGGGAUGUUUCUUCUGUCUGUUGCCCUGCUUGCUGAUGCAGGAUUUGGUCUCUGGCGCAGAACCGAUUUCUGUGACGAAGUCUCUUGGUGUCUUUCAAUUUACAUGCAUGAAAUGGAGCUCAUUGGAAGAAAACGAAAAGCUGUUAAAUUUAUCCUACAAAGAUGGAGAUUCAGGAGACUAUAUUUGUGAACACGACGGAAAAUCCAUAACACUGACCGUAAGAUUCAGAACUUGUGAAAACUGCAUUCAGCUGGAUGCACCUGCCUUGAGUGCAGUCAUCGUGGGGAACAUUGUGGCCACCUUUUUUGUCGCAUUCGCAGUUUAUAGCAUUGCUGGGGAGUCGAAAGGCAAAAGCUUCUCAGGCAACAAAGCAUCAGAUAAAGUGAAUCUACUGACCAACGGAGAAACAGACACAUAUCAGCAACUGAAUCCUGGUCAAUCUGCUGAGUACAGCAGGCUGAAGGGAGGCAGAAGGAACUGAUCCUCGCCACAAUCAUCAUCGCUUUUCGUAUGAUGGCAUUUUUAAUUUCAGAUUUAUGUCCGCUGGUCAUGAGAAUCCCAAAACGUUGGUUUGUUAAAAAUACGUUUUAAUGUACGUAUACUUACUUUUUUUCCUAAAGUAUGUCUAAAGUAUGUAAGGCUAAAAACCUGCUACUCUUCUCUACUCUGUUUGGAAGUCCUGUUAAAUUCAUAUCACAUUUUCCGAAAUGAUACGGUAUUUAAAUAUUAAAGUCUUUCUAUAUCUAUAAACAUUCCUUGUAUAUGGAUGUUAAGGAGCAGCUUGGGAUAACAUUGUAAACUUCUGUAUCAAGUGGAAUGAAUUGCAUUGAUCAAGAAAAAACAGUUGCUGUAUGAAACCCUUUUGUGCUAUUUGUUCACAUACAUGAAGCUGAAGGACAGAUCUAGCAUAAAACAAACGGUCUUGAUUCGUCUUGAGCUCGCUACUUUUCUGAUCUUAAUACUAAAAGCUAUUAGAUAGAUUAGUUAUAAUCUUUUCAAUUUCUUGUGAUUAGCCUGUGAUUAGCCUGUAGUUAGCCAUCAAAACUUCUGGGUCAUGUUGUUAGACUUCCACAUGUAAGUAGGUUUAGCAAAGCAAAGCGACCAUCGUUAGCGAAGUGGGGAGGUAAAGAACAUUCUUUGAAGCAUUUCCUCGAGUAUACUUAGCGAAACUGUGUUUAUUUAUUUAUCCCAUUUCUUUCUGAAUAGAAUACUAUCAUAGAAUAAGCAUUACCCACAGAAAUGCUGUGCGGUUACACCGAGUUUAUUUCACUUAUUACCUUUUAAACUCACGCUGAGAAAUUUAUCCCCUCUCCUCAAGUCUGGUUUUUAAUAUGCGAGUGUUAACCUCAAUGCUAUCGUUGGUGAAUGAUGGAUAGCAAGCUAACGCUACAAGGGUGUAUUAUCUGGCUUUUGAAUCUAUAGCGAGCUACUAUAGUUGGACGAAUAGAGUUGAUCAGGUACCUUAAGAAUCCGUUGUUUUAUUAGUUUUUUUUUCCUGUAUUUUAUACUCUUCCUGUUAUUUGCUCUUAUUGAUCAAGAACAAACUGUUUUAUUAUUAUUUUUUAAAUUGUAUUAUAAAAAAAAAGCAACCUGAGAUUUUAUGGCUUUAAUUACAAUUAUUGUACAUAUGGUA